CUUUCUCUUUCUCUCUCUCUCUCUCUCUAUUUAUCUAUCUCUUUCUGUCUGGACUUAAACUUCUUUGCAGAUUUGGUUUUCUGUAAAAACUUGUCAACCUGCCAAUGACUUCUAAUAAGAGCACAUUGCGUAAACUUUGUUAGUCAUUACAGGAUGGUAAUGUUUUAAGUAGUGGGAUGGUACAGUAAACAUCCAGAGCUAAUUAGUGGUUAUUUUUACGAACAUCAUUAUGUGUUCAGUUCAAGUUAUGUCAAUAUUCAACAUUGGACUAUUCUCUUAUUUGUAUAGUAGCUAUGUUGUUACUGUAUAUACUGUAGGAAAUACAUAACAGGUUGAAUGGCGAUUACUCAGCACAUCAUCUACUGUAAUAACUUUCCCCUGAAAUUCUUUUCCAUUCUCAAGAAUUCCACUUUGCUGAGAUGAUUCGCAUUCACAACCCGAGCCCUCUGCCAUUUUUGCAACAGACUGAAAGGUUUCUAAGGGCAGGUAAAUUGUGUGACACCAUCCUCACUGUGGAGCGUUACACUUUCAAAGCACAUGCACUGGUACUAUCCUGGGCCAGUAAGACGCUUGAACGGCAGCUAAUCAACCAGAAUCCAGCUAAAGGUUACUCCUGCACUGUUGAUGGUGUUUCCCCACAAACUGUUAAGCAAAUCCUUGACUAUGUGUACAGUGCUUAUGUAGAAAUUCCAAAAGGGGACCUUCCAGAUUUGCUCAGGGGAGCUCAGCACCUGGAGGUGCAGUCACUUAUGGAGCAGUGUGAGUUGCAAAUGAGGAUCCAGGACAGGGUUAAACGUAGAGAAGAAGUGAGGUCCUCCCCCGACAUUGACGUAGGAGAAUGUGAUUCAAGAAAAAAAAUCCCCUCUUCUGAUGAAGUGUCUUUCAGUUCUUCUUUAGAAUCUCCUUCUCUGACACACUUUGACCAUGAAAGGUCACAACGUAUCAAUAAAGUGUCACCCCCACCACAGAAACCCCCAUUGUCCAUUACUGUAGCAUCUCCCACAGCCUCCAGGGAACCCAUUUCUUCCACCCCCUCACUGGCCCAGACCCCUUCACUCCAGUGGCCCCAAGUAAACCCAUCACGCCAUAUGGUCCUUACCUAUGCUGAUUUUAUGGCAUUCCAGCACAUGGUUGCGUGUUCAUACCCUACACCCAUGUACCCAUUCUUACAGCAAUCUCUCCAGCUCCAGAUGCCCUCAUCUGUAGUGGGCUACACAGGAUUGCUUCAUCCUCAUCAACAUCUUCUACGUCCUAGGCCACUGGCUCUCGAUAGCACACUUGUCCCAGAGGUCAAACGUAAGACUGACCCUAUCACUGCAGUGCUGCCAUCACAGGAGCGAGAAAGUAAGUCAAAGGUACAGUCAAAUAAGGAGAGCCAUUGUAGACACUGCAGCAAGCCACUGGUGGAAAAUGCCUGGAGACAAAGCAGCAGGUCAGCAUCAUCAGGAUUAGUGGAGAUUGUUCGAGAGUGCAAGUUCUGUCAGAGAGAUAUGAGAGAGAAGCAUACACUGCGCUCACUAAGAAGGGGUCAAGGAGGAGAGAAACCCUACCAGUGCAAAAACUGCAACAAGAGAUUCAGUCUGAAACACCAGCUAGAUACACAUCUCAGGGUUCAUACAGGUGAGAAGCCAUUUGAGUGUCGGCUGUGUGGUCAGCGGUCACGUGACUACUCUGCUAUGAUCAAGCACUUGCGUACUCAUGGGGGUGCCACGCCAUAUCAAUGCACAUUGUGUUUAGAGUUCUGCAGUAGCCUGGUCACCAUGCAGAAGCACCUGAAAGGUCAUCCAAGUCAGGACUUUCCCCCUAACUGGAAUCUAAGCAGCACUUACCUCUACACCUGUCAUACAUAAGAGACAGAACAUUCUGACCAGCUAAGCUCUCUCUGUUUUAAGAAUAAAGAAAUAAAAUAGUCAUAUUAUAUGUUUACACAUAUGUUAUACAUCUUUUUAAAUAACCAAACAACAAAUGAUCAAAGAUAUAAAAAAAUAAAUAAAUAAAAUUAAAAAAAAAUAAAAAACAAGAAACAUAAGAAAGCACAUAACAAAUUACAGAAGUAGCAAAUUACAGGAAUUUUGAGAACAGAACAUUUUUAGGAAACAGCAUAAUGUACCUAGCAUGCUAUGAUAAAUGAGCACAGUGUUCUCAGUAUUUUAUAUCUAUAAGUAAGGAAAGUAAAUAAAAUAAGUACAUUUGUGAAUUUUGCUGCUUUAAAACUUCUCCAUAUGUAAUUUAUAUGCAGUAGCUCAAAACCAUCAGGUUAGUUUAUUUGUCUUCAUGAAACUAUUUCUUUUGUUAUUUUAGAUUUUACAGCAGAGGCAGGAAGAUUUUUCUUUAACCAUUUGUUGCUUUUUCUUCGCACUCUGGCCAUGCAUUAGAUAUAUUCAUGGCUUUUACAAUUAACAAUUUUAAGCAUUAUAAUUACUACCAAGACGUGUUUGUGUUCAACUUUGUCGCCCAUCAUGUUGAUCCUAACCUUGAUUGGCAAGUUGUUGCACACUUGUGGUUGUUUGUCUAAUGCAAAUUUUCCAUUCUAGAGCUAAUAAACCUACAUUUAAUCUUAGAA